UGUGCCAGUAGCUCCAUUACUGUCCAGAAACUACACCACUGAGCCACGCUGUUGCACAGGAUGAAUGUGGGUGCCGUAGUUUGUUCAGAAACAGCUCCACAGAUUGAUAAUGGUGAUCACCUUCGCAGUCUGGGGAGAGUAGUGCCUGCAGAGGCCACUGCACAUGCUGGGCAACGUGGUGCAUAUUGUAAACAGUCGCCAUUUUUUCUUUGCCUUUUCAAGCCUUUUCAAGUUGGCAUUAGAGAAUGAGGAGCUCUGCACACGGCCGUGGGAACAUGGAGACCAAAUAGUCAUCCACUUUUUCUCUCUGGCUCCUGUGUUAUCACUUUAUUUUGUCCACCAUGAAGAAAGUCUCCAACAUUCUGGGCCUGCAUUGCUGCAAUGAACAGCAGCAGCUCAUCAGAUGUCAGUGGGUCAGGCAGGACGGGGUGGGGUUCUUUUACUUUUGGAUCAUAGAAGGAACAAUCAGUUUAUCUGAAAGAUAUUAACCAGGGAUGUUUGAAAACCCAUAGAAAAUAUUUCGGCCGCUGCACAAUAAAAAAAAGAUUCAACAUUUUUAGCAGCUCAGACCUUCUGCCAUCUGGACUGGUGCAGCCGUGGUCAAAUUAACCUCCAGGGGAAAAAUUUGUUGUUGUGCCCCUUUUGAAACCAACUGACUUCCACUGUCCUGUACUUGGUAGCUUUUUUUAAUUGGUCUGGGCACCAAGAACCAGCCAGUGUUCAAGGGAUUAAAUAACUGAUUAUUUAAUUGACAGAAAUUUUUAUUUUAAACAUCAAUUAAUCGUUUUUUUUAGUUCACUGGUGCCAGCUUCUCAGUUGUGACUAUCGGCCUGUUUUGAUAGUGAACUCAAAAUGUUUUCAAUGUUUUCAAUAUUUUCUGACAUUUUACUCUGACAUUUAUGCUCGUACUUUCCUCCAUGUGUCAGUCACCUCACUCCCACACCCACCUGCUCACCUGUCUCUCAUUCCCCAAUCACCCAGUCCUGACUCCCACACCCACCUCACUUGUUUCCCAUUCCCCAAUCAGCUCGCAGUUUAUAUAUCAGCCGCCUUCCCCCAGAUUGUUGUGUCAUUCCUCUGCAUGUUUUUUUUGUGCCAGCUCCUGACCUGCUGCGUACCUGCCUGUAAGCCUUUAUCAUCACCAUCUCUGCUACAAUUACUGAACUGUUCCAGCCUGCGUAAUCUAUGUCUGCAUUUGGCCUUCCUGUUUCCUAGUACUAACCGUAACAGAGAAAUGUCUUUCACAAUUACAGCCCAAAUUACAAAGUCACCAUGUUUGUUUUGUCCAACCAAUAAUCCAAGCUUUGAAAUGAUUUAUUAUAAAAGUGAAUGAAAUGUUCCUUAUUUCUUUUGCUCAUGACAUGUUUUUUUGUUUUUUUUAUAGGGCAGCUCAUAGAACGUCCCUGAACUGUAACCUGAGAUCACAGUGUUUCCUGUCAAGGUCAUAGGUGAGUGAAUGAUGCAAAGAGCAAACUGCUGGUGAGGUUGAACUUGUGCAGCUAUUUUAUAAACAUGCUGAGAGCAGAACAUACCUCAUCAAAGGCAGUUUUCUUUCUCUUAGAUGACAGUAAACUGAGUUAUUUUGAGGACUGAACUAUUGUGUGAACAAAGUAAGACACGUGAAGACGUCACUUAGAGCUCUGGGUAACUGUUCUGCACAUUUCUCACUAUUUUCUUAUUCAACAAACCAAACAAUACAUUUAUUGAUCAAGAAAAUGAUCUGCAUAUUAAUCCAUAAUGAAAGGAGCAUUUCUCUGCAUUCAGUUUUUCUACUUUUACUUUUGAUACUUACAUUAGUACAUUAUACUGAUAAUAAAGUUUGCCUAAAUAAUAUAUUCCAUACAGGAAUACAGUAUUUUUUUACAGUGGUACUUUCACUACUACUUCCUCCGCCACUGAUCAAAGGCAGCAGUUUUAUAACAUAGCACCUGUAAAUCCUUGGAGUCAUUUAAAUGUUUAAAAUGAUUUUACUCUGGUUUAUGUGAGCAGUCUUUACCAAAGCAGCAAAGUGAGCUACAGACAGCUGCUCACAGCUCCCUCUCGUGGACAAAAAUGCAAAUGAAAGUAUCUGAUGAGACAGAAGCUCGACAGUAAACUGUGCGAAAGUAAAAGACUUUAUUGUUGUUGACAAAAAGCUUAUGAAACCACAGUAAUGUCUUUUGAAACUGGCAAGAAGGACCCGUUUCUCAGGUGAGUGGUUCAUAAAUGCGCACUGACCCAGUACAACCACUGUGACAGGAAACAAUUCAAUACAAUUUGACUUUAUUUGUUUUUACAUUAACAAACGUGGUGGAUAGAAGAAGGAACAAAACUUAAAACAAUCAGUGGCUAUCAGCUUAAAAACUGUACACAAUUCAUUGAUAAAUAAAAAUAUCUUAAAAAAAAAAGAAUAUGAGAAAAAUAUCUACACAAAGUAUUGAGGCCAUAGAAAAUACAUAAAAAUCUAAUGAUCAACUAAAGGGGAAAACAUGCAAGUAUUAAAAAAUGGAUGUUUCCUCCCCCACUGUCCCCAAUUUCCACCUUUUUUUUCUGAGUUUUUCUCGCCAACACUUCUGGCUCUUUCUCUCAACCUCAAACACUUGAUCCAAUACACAUAUGCACAGAUUUGUUAAACCUGUGUCUGCCUCUGCAGCAGGAGAUUAUCACCUGCUGACCUGGCCAGAGGUCAAGAGAGGAAGUGUUGACUUUUAGUGACGUGUAAACUGGGUCAAGUCAUGGUAGGAGAAGAAAAACAAACAAACAAAACACUGCUGGUUCACACUCACCCAAGCCUUGAUGAUUAAAUUUAUAUGAAUACUGAGCUUAUAUGACUUGAACUAUAGGUGGAAAUUGAAUGUUGUUUUUUUGUUGUAUGAAAUUUAGUUUCUUUACCAUGUUAUCCCUUAUCAACUAGAGUCAGGCCGGUAAGACUAGGACCUGUGGGGAAAAAAGCUUAAUUUUAAUGAAUUCUCACAUUCAUGUUUUAAUUUAAUUGUUUUCUAAACUCAAUCUAUUUAAAUGUAAACACACAUUUGUUUUAGAAAACCAAAGGUUUAUAACUCUUUUCUUUACUUUCAUCACUGGGAAUAAAACUGAUUAUCUUUCAAUGCACGUUGGGUAAAUAGAGGUUUUCCAAACAGGUUUUGCAGAAAUUUAUUUAUUAUGCACCCUUUAGUAAUAUUUAACAGGCCCAAGCAAAGCAGGAUCACCAUCCAGGCAAAGCAACUGCCCAGGGGCCCCAGACUCUGAGGGGCCCAAAAAGCUACAGGUUCAUUUAUCUUAGCUGGUUUUUGCAAACUGAUUAGUUGCAACUGUGUUAAGGUUUUUGUGGCACUAAAGGUGGAACAUUAUUAGCCAAUCAUCUGGCCCAGAGUAUCAGACUCUAUGACCUCUUUUAUUUUUCAGUUUAUAUUGUCAUAUCUCAUGUGGAGUGUAUUAGUAAAAUAAUGUUUAAGCUGUUACCAGACAACACCCAUUCAUGUGCACACACCCACAAAUAAUAUACCCCAAAAUAAAAAAAGCUUCCUUUGAAUGGUAACAGUUUAAAUUUUACAACCAAAGAGUCAAAAUGAAUGAGAUACUGAACCAAAGUUACAGAGGCACAAACAUGGUAGAAAUUUAAGUUUCUUCAACUGAUAUAUAGGUAUAAGAAAGUAAUAUAAAACCUGUAGUAGGACAUUUUGUGUGGAAAACGCUUAAGAACCAUAUUCACGUCUUAAUCAGAUUACCACAAUCUAAGACAAACAAAAUGACAUUUCAGCACAAGAACCUCUUUCAACUUUUUAAAAACCAUUACUUUGCACGCAGAGUCUUACAGUGCAACAGGCAGUGCUGAACUAAUGAAUCUAUCCACUUGCUGCAAAGAGGAUUACUGUUCCUUCUGCUUAGCUUAGUUACCUCAAAUUAGGAUAAGGGUAAAGAGAGGUCUGUCUACAGCGGCCAUCUGUCUGCCAAGUGGCCAGUCGAGCGCUCGCACUGGUGUAAAUGGAGAUGAGUCUGGAGCUGGAUGUUUUGAUAUACCCAGAUGAAGUGAGGAUUCCUACUCCGGAGGAACUCGCAGAAUGGGAACUUGAGACUGCGAGCCAGGUGUCCAUACCUACCGUCCGACUCUUCGUGGCACUUUACCCAUACAACCCUGCUGCGAUGUCUCCCAACCAUGAGACGGCUGCAGAGGAGCUGCCUUUUGUUCCAGGCCAGAUAAUCAAGGUGUUUGGAGACAAAGACUCUGAUGGUUUCUAUCAUGGGGAGUCCGGUGGACUCUCUGGUUAUGUGCCAAGUAAUAUGGUGGCUGAGAUCCCAGUGGAUGAUGAGUACCUGAAGCAUGUACUCAUGCAGCAGGGAUUCCUCCCUGUGGACCACACAGGUAUGUCUUUAACGCCUGAUAUGAGCGACGUAGCCAGUAUCCCUGAGGACGUGGUUGUUCGACGAAUGGUGGCCUUAUUUGACUAUGAUCCCUGGGAAAAUUCGCCCAACAUGGACAGUGAAGUUGAACUUGGCUUUCGUUCAGGAGACAUCAUAUAUGUGAUGGGUGACAUGGAUCAAGAUGGAUUUUACUAUGGGGAUCUGCACGGACGACGGGGUUUGGUUCCAUCAAACUUCCUGCAGCCUCUACCCUGGGAUUAGAAAACGUCACGCUAGGAUGUUCGCUACAAAUGCCAAGUCUUGGACACAGUGAGAAAUCGGCAAUUUUUUUUUUAAAAAAAACAAAUGGUUAAACUGACAUUUUGUGUCAAAAUGUAUAUUUUUUAUUUUUAUAUUAGAAUACAGCACUGCACCUGCUUUAAAUGGCAAAUCAAUAAGGAUCUACUUAAAUAAGCAACCAAUUAAACCAGUAAUAAAAAUCAGGAUGAUGCAAAGUGAAAACGGUUCUCGUCAUACAAUUCUCAGAUAAUUCAUUUAUUGAAAAAUCUUAAGGAAAUUUACAAAUCAGUACAGAAAAAUACAGACAUUUACAAAUCAUAUACUUUCAAAAAUCAAACGAUGUUUAAAAUUCACUUUUUAUUUGGCCACAUGCACAAAAACGACAUGAACCAUGACUGAAUUUGCAAAAAACUUAUCUACUGUAUAUCCAUAAAUGUAUUACAAUAUGAAUGAGCCAAGUAUUUCAAUCAUACCUGAUGGCAAAUGAUAGAUUUUCUUUUUUUUUUUUAGCCUUAAUAAUACACUUAUAGUCUCAGUUUUUUGCAGACCAGUGUAUUGAAAUAGCAUUUGCCUUAUACCUUGUUUAUAUAUUUUCUAUAAUUGGCUCAUAGUCUUUUCAUAUGGAGCAAUUAAGAGAAAACAUCAGUGUUUUUUGAGUUUUGCAGCAAUUUUUAUGUACAAAAAUUCACAGCAAAGUUUGUAUAAAGGAAAUAAUUAAUGUGUCAAUCAUGUUAUCUAUGCAAAGAUUGUAAAGCAGAAAGUGAAAAUAAAAUCAUGAAUUUGCACAGUA